CUUUUUUUUCAGAGGUCACAAUUAUUUAAAGAUUAAAGCUUCGGUCUUUUUCACACUGUUUAACGAACCAUUUAGUGAUGAUAAAACUAUAUUUUGGCAGUAAAACCGAAAACUUUGCCGGAAGAAGAACAGACAGAAACAAUCUGCUCUGCCCUCAGGCAAAGCCCCGAAUCUCACGAGCGCUAUCAACUUCAGUGGAAAAAUGGAAAGCUCAGAGGAAGAUUACUAUGACUACACUGAAUAUAACAACAACAGCUCGAACUUCAGCUAUGAUGACUAUCAGACCAUUUGUGAGAAGAGCGACGUACGCUCCUUUGUCAGGAUCUUCCUCCCAGUUGUUUUUGGGUUAUGUCUUGUGAUAGGUUUAGCAGGGAAUGCCCUGGUCUUGGCAGUCUAUGCUUACUGCAAGCAACUAAAAACACUAACUGACGUGUUUAUAGUUCACCUGGCCGUAGCCGAUCUGUUGCUUCUCCUGACGUUGCCGUUCUGGGCAGCUGAUGCGGUCCACGGCUGGGAGCUUGGAGUGACUCUCUGUAAACUUGUCUCUUCCUUAUACACCAUCAACUUCACCUGCAGUAUGAUGCUUCUGGCCCACAUCAGUCUGGAUCAGUAUCUGGCUUUGAUGGCGGGAGACAGAAGCAGAGGCCUUGCGCAAAUCUUUCAAAAGAAACACUCCGGAAAGCUUUGUUUUGGGGGGUGGACCGUUGCAUGUUUUCUUGGCAUCCCUGAUUUAGUGUUUUCAACCGUCAGUGAGUUUCAUCACAAGAAGAGAUGUCUGGCAAUGUAUCCAUCAGACGUGGCGCAUAAAGCUAAAGCCAGUCUGGAGGUGAUGGAAGUCAUGAUAGGCUUUUUGUUUCCUCUGUUGGUGAUGCUGUACUGUUACAUCUGUGUGGGACGGGCCCUGGUGAUGCUCCCGGCAGAGAGGAGGUCGAGGAAGUGGAGGUCUAUCCGUGUGCUGUUGGCUAUGGUGGGAGUGUUUGUGGUCACACAGCUACCCUACAAUGUGGUGAAGUUCUUCCGGGCCAUGAACAUCGUGUACACAUUUGUGACUCACUGUGGACUUAGUAAAGGGCUGGACAGGGCUAUGCAGAUCACAGAGGGCCUUGCGUUGACGCACUGUUGUUUAAACCCCGUUCUUUAUACCUUCAUCGGUUCAUCCUUUAGACAGCACGUCUUGAAAUGCGCCAAAGGCUUCGGAGACCGAGGGAGGAGACUGGCACGUGUACGAGAGCAACAGGAAGUGAACAUCUCCUUAAAUUCCCAUUCGCAGUCCCAAGAGACAAGCACCUUUUCGAUUUGAGCCUAUUGAAGAGAAAAGAGGUGGUG